AUGGUGAAUUAUUGGAAAUCCAAGGUUCUUCCAACGAUCAAGAAGGUUUUUGAUAAAAACGGCCACAAGAAGAUUGCUGCAGCAGAAGCUUGCAAGUUCUUCGAUGAGGCUAAGGAGCAAUAUACAAAAGAGUUUGAAGAGAAGAAGACUGAGCUUCAACCAAAAGUUGUAGAAAUCUAUGAAGCGUCAUCCACUGAAAUCAAGACUUUGGUGAAGGAACCCAAGGAGGCAGGUCUAAAGAAGCAUUCAGCAGUAGUUCAGAAAUUCCUUGAUGAGCUAGCCAAGAUUGAAUUUCCGGGAACCAAACCAGUGUGUGAAGCAGCUUCCAAAGUAGGGCCUGCAUAUUUACCAGGUCCGGUUUUCUUCGUGUUUGAGAAAGUCUCUACGUUUAUAGUCAUGGAGGAGAAAAAAGAAGAGGCCGCACCACCAGCCGAGGCUACUCCAGAGAAAACUCUUGGCACAGAAGUGAAAGAGAAGGAUAUUGUUGUGGAAGAAGCGAAGAAAGAAGUACCAGCUGCUGAGGCCGGUGCUUGUGCAACCACGGCUGAGCCACCAAAGGUUGAAGAAGUACCUCCACCUGCUCUAGGGGCAGAGCCGGCAAAGCCUUGA